UGCUGUUCAUGGAAACGAUACCAAUUACACACUGACACAAGUAAAUAGCGUGCGGUAAGGUUUGCUCACACAUCUGAUUUCACACACACAAUGGCACAGAGCAAACUCAAUGAUUUAGCGGGCAAGCUGGGCAAAGGUGGCCCACCUGGUCUGGGCAUUGGACUGAAGCUAUUGGCGGCUGUUGGCGCUGCUGCCUAUGGUGUUAGUCAAUCCUUGUAUACCGUGGAGGGCGGUCAUCGCGCGAUCAUCUUCAGCCGCCUGGGUGGCAUCCAGAAUGACAUUUACUCUGAGGGUCUGCAUGUGCGCAUUCCAUGGAUCCAAUAUCCAAUUAUUUAUGACAUCCGCUCGCGUCCCCGUAAAAUUUCAUCGCCCACCGGCUCGAAAGAUUUGCAAAUGAUCAAUAUUUCGCUGCGUGUGUUGUCGCGUCCCGAUUCAUUGAAUUUACCGUUCCUGCACAAACAACUGGGUGUCGACUACGACGAGAAGGUAUUGCCUUCCAUUUGCAAUGAGGUGCUCAAGAGUGUUAUUGCCAAGUUCAAUGCCUCCCAGCUGAUUACACAACGUCAACAGGUCUCGCUGCUGAUACGCAAGGAGCUGGUGGAGCGCGCGCGUGACUUUAAUAUUAUUUUGGAUGAUGUUUCGCUGACUGAACUGAGCUUUGGCAAGGAAUAUACGGCAGCUAUUGAGGCCAAACAGGUGGCACAGCAAGAGGCGCAGCGCGCUGUCUUCUUUGUAGAGCGUGCCAAACAGGAGAAACAACAGAAAAUUGUCCAAGCUGAGGGAGAAGCUGAGGCAGCUAAAAUGUUAGGUCUGGCUGUCAAACAGAAUCCAGCUUAUCUCAAGUUGCGCAAACUGCGUGCCGCCCAGAGCAUUGCCCGCACGAUUGCCAGCUCACAGAACAAGGUUUAUUUGUCCGCUGAUAGCUUGAUGUUGAACAUUCAGGACUCUGGUUUCGAUGAUAUGACUGAGAAGGUUUACAAAAUUCCACAUCUGGAUUAAGUAAGCGGGCUAUAUAUAAUACCAUAAGAUAAUUGUUCAAAUCAAAUUUCAAUGCGAUUGUUUAAAAUUGUUUCAUUACGCGAAUUGCAUACAUAUAUAAGCCUAGUGCCUAAGUUCCGUUUAGUUAUAUACAUAUAUAAUCUUCUAUUUUCUUCGAUUGCCCGCCUUCGGUUUACCUUUGCUUCACGUAAUUUUUCAUCACAUUUGCAUUCAGCUUGCAAUGCGUCAACAACUUCAUUUCAUAUCGUUGUCGCAUUGCUGAACUGAGACGAAGCAAGGUACGCACAGGUGUGUAGCAAGCGGCUUUAUUGCUGCAGCAUUUAGCGUUUUGUCCCAUUCAAGAGUUCAUCAUGAAAAAAGAAAGAAACUGUUAAUAAAUGCGCAUUGAGAAAAACCA